AUGAGUUCUAAUGCCGUCGAGUCAUUUAACUCAUGGAUACGGGAAGCACGCCACCUCCCAAUCACUCAAUUGGUUGACAGUAUUCGGACCAAGAUUAUGCGACAGAUGUCCAAACGCCGACUCAAGGCGCAAUCGUGGCCUGGUGUAGUUUGCCCGAAGAUGGAAGAUCGGUUAGUUAAAGCAUACAACAAAGGCAGAUCAUGGCUUCUAAGUCAGUCCAACAAUGAGAUUUUCGAGGUCCACUCUUUCCCAUCAGUAAUGGUUGAUGUGGGAAGGCGUACAUGCUCAUGUUUCCAGUGGCAAAUCAAAGGGUUCCUUUGUGCUCACGCUGUUAUUGUUAUUCGCAACAGCGGACUCGACCUUUAUGAUUUAGUCGAUCCGUAUUACCAUGUGUCGGAGUACUGGAAUUCUUACGCUUGCAACAUACACCCCAUACCCACGGUUAAGAAACCACCAUUUAGCAUUGAAGAUUACAUCAUACAACCACCAGCUGUCAAACGACCACCGGGAAGGCCCAAAAAAAAACGAAUGCUUUCAAGGGGGGAAGAAGUUCAACAGAUUAGAUGCAGCCAUUGCCAACGUUUAGGGAACCACAACAGAAAGACGUGCAAAGAACCAAUGUAG